UACACUUCUAAACAAAACAGCGCCUAUAUAUAUAUAUUUAUAGUUUGAUAAAGCGCUCGUAUUCUUUCCGGGAGCGUUUUAUUUUUCUGCGUAAAAGGUUUUGAUAUAGGCUGCUUGAAUUACUCUGUACGUCUCACCGUUCCUAAUGGGUAAAUAUCAGUCAGACUCACUCUAAAUAUCUAUUUUAUUAGAAGGGGAAAUAUAAGUAAUCGCGAUUAAUACGCAUGCAUCUGUGCGUAAAACGCGGCUAUCCGAGUGUCUCCCCGCGCAGUUCGUAACACCCCAAAAGCGUCGCAAUGGAAAAAUCAAAGAACUUCAGGAUCGACGCGCUUCUGGCUGAAGAACCACACCGAGGGAGCCGAGAAGUGUCGCCUGGACUGAGCAGCGACAGCCCGACGGGGAGCCCGGUGUCCUGCAGGCGCGCAGACACUCCGUCCCCGCGCGGGACCCCUGGUGCCAUACACCUCCAAACCGGAAUCAUACCCAAACCAGGGCUGCUCAAUCUCCCACACCCAGGACUCACUUCGCUUCCAGGCAUGUACACGACGCCCAUGUACCCCAUUUCAGCUUUGGGAGGUCAGCACCCUGCCCUGGCGUACUCGGGUUUUACGCAGCUGACGCAGCCGUACCCGGAGCAGCUGAAGGCGGCGGCGAUGGCCGGGUCUUUACCGCUGGAGCACUGGAUACGAGCCGGCAUCAUGGUACCACGACUGCCCGAUUACACCUGUGAGUGGGGUAGCAUUCAGAUGACAGCCCCCCAGUCCGGUCUGAUGGGUAAAUGUCGUAGGCCGAGGACGGCGUUUACCAGUCAACAGCUACUGGAGCUGGAAAACCAGUUUAAACUUAACAAGUACCUUUCCAGACCAAAGCGCUUCGAAGUGGCCACAUCGCUCAUGCUGACUGAGACACAGGUCAAGAUCUGGUUCCAGAACCGGCGAAUGAAGUGGAAACGCAGCCGUAAGGCUAAAGAACAGGCCGCGCAGGUCGAGGUCGAGCGUCAACGCGGCGGAACCAAAUCGACCAAUGAGAGGCCGGGGAGAGACGGCCGCAGGGCCAUCGCUCAGAGUGUGGAGGAGCACGAGGAGGACGACGAUCUUGAGGAGGAGGAGGAGGAAGAGGAGGAGGAAGAGGAAGGGCAACACAAAUUCGUAAACGACAACCUCAACGUAACACGUUCCACAGACUUUCUGCACCAUGCGUCUGCGUUAAGAUACCACCCCGACAGCCCGUUCUCUGACGACGACAUGGAGGAGGUGGGAGGAGCCGACAGGAAGAUCGGGGCGGGGUUAUGAAAAGAUAUUUAUAUGGAACAGUGCAACAAUAUGCAACGAUAAAGUUAAAGAACAGAGACUGCAAAUGCCAAACUAUUUAGCCACGCAAAAAGCCAGAAUAAAUUUCACAGAUAUGUGAUGGUGUUGGUAAGUACAGGUGCCGAUGAAACUCAUACAGAGUAAACAUUAAAUGUAGUAAUAAACGUUCAAGCUGUGUUCAAAAACUUGAAGACAGCAAAGGCCAUCACAGAUCCUCUCUUUCUCUCUCUACACAUGCAUACACUACUGUUCAAAAGUUUGGGGUUAUUAAGAUUUUUUAUUUAGCAAGGAUGUAUUAAAUUCAAAUUAAAUUGGAUUGUUUAACUGUU